CACACCAGACUAGUAUCCCGUACGAGCAUACAUACCGUCCAUCACCUUACCUCAAGGACCUUGCUUGUCGCUACCACAUCUAACAACCUUCGAUUCUGGGCCUGAAUAAUUCGAGGCGCGAAACCCACCGUCCCGCCCGCCCAACAUGUACGAUGACUCGUGGUAUAGCUUUGUACCCGACUUUCAGCAGCCUCGGCGACCGGCUGGCGGUGGUGCGUCGGGUGCUGGACACCGGCGGCGCGAGUCUCUACUGCAACAGCCAAAUGUUCGGCACCACAGAGCACCCGGAUGCAGUAGACCCUUUGCCCGCUCUUCUCGAGAAUGGCGAAGACACAAAAUCCCCCCCCAGGCCACCCCGAUCCAGAGGGCAAAGUCCUACUCGGACUUCUACGACAUCGUAACGGGCGCUCGGCUCUCGGGUGUCGCGCCCAAGAAGAAGCGCGGACAGCGCCGUGGCAACAUUGCGUGGGAGGCUCUGGCGGUUCCGCCGCAGCUAGCUCAUGCUAUGACGGCCGACUGGGGUCAAGAUGACGGGGAAGACAUCGUCAACGAGAAGCUUCGGAGCGAGUUGCUGCGGGCAAGCCAACAAAAGUACACCCUCUACCACGACCAGUUGGCCAUGACUGAAAGGCAUCUCGGGUCUUUGAUAGAAGACGCCAAUGGCGCUCUCAAGGUCAUCGAGACUCUCUGCCAGUCCUUCCGCGCCGUCGACGACCAGACGAGCUCCUUCCAGUCCCAGUGUGACGACUUACUGACAGAGCAGAAGCGUCUACAGACGUUGGCUAACGACGUCGGUACCGAUCUGCACUACUACGCCUAUCUCGACACCGUCACAAGGCGCCUCAAUGCCCCCGGCGCAGGCCGGCUUGUUGAUGACGAUGGGUUCGGGGAAGUCUUGUCUAAUCUAGACUCAUGCAUUGCUUUCAUGGCACGAAAUCCCUCAUAUCGGGAUUCUGAGCCGUAUCUCGCGCGCUACCAGGCCCUCCUCACAAAAGCACUGCAUCUCCUCGACGUUGGUUUCUCGAACCGACUAAACAAAGUGUCGGUCGAAGUUUCUAGGCAGAUUGCUGCUACCCAGUCCGAGUCGGCCCGCCACGCCCUCGCCUACGGCCGCUUUGAGGACACCCUUAUGGAGUCAUACUCGUUGAUUCCAAAUGUCCAGAGAGUAACGCGUAGCGCUUAUGACCAGAAUGGCCAGCCUGUCUUGGGGCCAAGUUUCGACACCUAUUCGAACACGGUAAAUAAUCUCUUCCAGGCCUACUGCGCCCUUAGAGAUCGGGACCUCAAGCCAAUAGUACAGCACGAUUUGGAUACCUUCAAGACAGAGGCAAAAGAGUCAUCGAUAGAUACGGCAGCCAGAAACUUUGUUAAGCAAUGCUUUGAGCGCUCUUAUAAUGAAGCUGCUCUCUUCCGGAAGGUCUUUUCGAUAGACCCGCAGUACUCUACCGAUGCCAGGUCUGCGUUUACGGCUCUCAAAGCACACCAGCGGUCACUGGUAACGGGCAUGAAUAUUGCGCCUAUUGCUACCACAUUGCAGUUGAUGCUACAGACGAAUGACCUGCGAACCAUCUGCAACUUGGUUGGGUGGAUGACAAACGAAUAUCUCCUCCUAGACUACGACGAAGACGAAACAACGUUCACACGUCAUUGCCGAGAACUGACGGGAAGACUUCUGACGGAGCACCUGUGGACCUUUACCGAUGCAUUCUUCGAGGCCGAGAUCGCCAAGUCAAUUUCGAGGACCGUCGUUGCGCCAGAUGCGCUUAGGAUCGGGCCCGUGGUCAACGGCGAUGGGGCCUCAAAUGCCUUUCCAAUUGUAAAGCAAGCUGUCGAACUUCUGGUCCUAUUCGACCAAUCGAUGCCAAAGGAGCGAUGUCAACGCAACAGCCCCGUGGUUUUCAAGUUGGUAAAGGAGUCAAUCGCGGCCUUGCAACGCGCUGAAGCACGGAUAAAGUCCACCAAAAAUGGCACAGAUCCCGAUCUCUUUAUGGUCAAGAAUCUUCUUAUCCUGAAGAACGAACUGUUAUCCUUGGAGAUUGGAGACGUGCGCAGUCAGACUGCGGGCUUGCAGCAUUUUGGCCAGAUCUGGGACACACUACGGCCACAUAAUCUGAUUGGCCUGCUGGCCAGUUUUAGCAACUACAUUCCAGGCUCCUCGUUAUGGGCUCGGGCAAGCACUCAAACCCCAGCGCUAGGAUCUACAACGCCGGGCGGUACAGGCAAAUCUAAUAACGGCGCUGCCGCCUACGAAAUUCAGGACGCCAACGAGCAGCUCGACGAGCUACUGCGCCAAAGUAUUUACGCCUUUACCCAGCGAUGGGCUGCUACCGUGAAUGACGCCCGCGCACGCAAAUUUGGCGGGAAGAAUCUGGUGAAGAUAGAGAGAGAACUGGAUGAAAUGCUGGACCAUGCCUUCAGUAGCCAGCCCGAAGUAGUGGCCAAACUCAAGGAAGCCAUACAAAUCGAGGUACAGGCACAGAACGAAGCAGGUAAAGAGAAGAGCGGGAGUCGAAUGACGCGGAGUUAAGGGGCAGAAGGUUAGGGUACCUUGUGUAUUUGGCUGGAUGUUCGGGGCGUAUGGUUAGAUGACUGCCCUUUCGAGUUUUACCAAAGUCAUACAGAUGGAUGUGCUACGGCCAAGUUACCCAGCUUGGUAUCCGGGGACUUUUUCAAGAAUAUCUCAUCAUCGGUAGCUCUACGUUUUUGAGAAAUCACCUUGGAUGCCUUGGACUUCCAACGUACAGAUUACCUCGGUGUCAUAGGUUCUGGAUCUUUUCAGUUGGAUGUUAGGAAUGGUUAAGAAUGACAUGAGACGACGGCAAUGCCGUCUGCAGAAAUGGGUCAAGAUACG